AUGAUCCAUGGAAUCCUCGCAAUAUUAUUUGUCUACAUCAUAAAAGACCUGUGUGUUGGUAUCAAAGUAACACAUAUCUGUGGAUUAGAGCCAUCGUUCAUAAACAAUACGAUUUAUAAUGAAAAUUUUCGUCGCAUUUUCCCACAUUUUUGCUAUGAUAAGCAAUAUGUCGAUGGUUUAAUGAGAAAGGACUUUCCUAUACUAAACCAGAAUAAUAAAGAAUUUGAUGAAUUCAUAUAUUUUGACAAUGCAGCAAGUACACACAAACCAAAGUCUGUAAUAAAUGCAAUUUCUGAUUUUUAUUCCACUUAUUAUUCAAACAUAAACAGAUCUCCGGAUCCUUCAACAAGAAGAGCCACAUUGGAAUACGAAAAAUCACGAGAGAAGGUUGCAAAGUUUAUCAAUGCUGAAUAUGUAGAUGAAAUCAUAUUUACAGGUGGAGCCACAAAUUCAAUCAAUCUGGUGGCAAAAAUCCUAAGAAAUAAAGUUUUGAAAGAAGGCGACGUUAUUUUGCUUCCUAUUUCGGAACAUAAUAGUAAUAUAGUUCCAUGGCAAAUUGUCUAUAAAAAUCUAUGCGAGAUAAAAUUUAUUGAGAUAUGUGAUAAUGGAAAUAUAAAUUUGGAAUAUUUAGAGACACUAUUUCAAAAUUACAACGUUAAACUUUUGUCUAUAGCUCAUACUUCCAAUGUUUUGGGAAAUAUCCAACCUAUUAAGCAAAUUAUUGAAGUUGCACAUAAACAUAAUUCCUUAGUCCUCGUUGAUGCGUGCCAGACUUUGGCUCACAUUACUGUGGAUGUAAGAGAUCUAGACUGCGAUUUUCUCGUGGGAUCUAGUCAUAAGAUGUAUGGGCCUACUGGAAUAGGAUUCUUAUACGGAAAAAGGGAUAUAUUAGAAUCAUUAGACCCAUGUGAGGGAGGUGGUGGUACAAUUCAAGACUUAACAUUUGAUGCCACAGCAUUCCUUGGUUUACCUUACAAAUUUGAACCUGGUACUCCUCCAAUAGCCCAAGCCAUUGGGUUUGGUGCUGCUUUAGAUUUUAUUAAUAAAGUUACAGUAGAAAAAAUACGUGCGCAUGAAAGGGAGCUGGUUAAAUACCUCUGUGAAAAAUUGCAAAGAUUUACCAGAAUACAUGGUCCUAAUUCAAACACCCUGCGUGCACCAAUUGUUUCAUUUUCUGUAGAUAACAUAAAUUCCUUCGACCUUUCAUGCUUAUUGGCAUCCAGAAAAAUAGCUCUUAGGUCAGGCAAACACUGUGCGCAUCUGAUACAUGAAGCACAUACAAAGGUAGAUAACACGAUACGAGUAUCAUUGGCGAUGUAUAAUAAUUAUAAAGAAGUGGAUAUUUUUAUAGAAGAAGUUAUUUCUUGCAUGAAGUUGUUGAAAAGCGGAAAAUGA